AUGAUGAGAUUAGGGGGCUUAUACGUAGCAGUUUACGGUAUUUGCUUUGCUAAUCAAUCUUCUAUUUUGAAAAGAAACCUGCCGCAAACUGGAGUUUAGACCCGACCAUACUUUUGAAGGCAAACGCCUUAAAGGUCAUGUGAUUAAAACUGUUGAUGCCAUGGACACGGAUUUCUGUGAACUGCAGUGCUACCUGGAACCAAGCUGUCUCAGUUUUAACUUCAUGAAAUCAGCGAAGAAGUGCCAGUUAAACAAUUCGACUUUUGAAAGACAAAAGAACAAACUGGAGAAGAAUUUGGAUUUCAUUUACAGUGGUGCCAAGGUG